GGGGUUGGGGAGGGUGGGGGGCGAUGGAAGAGGACGACACCGAGAUCCAGCGACGCGUGCUCGAAGAAGCGUUCGGAGAAUCCUCGGACGACGAGGGACCAGCCCGUUCGGCCGCAGAUCCCUUCCUCUCGAAAAAGCCUAUUUGGGAAUCAGUGAAUGGUAUUAAGGGUUUGUGGCUGUGCCGGGGCUUCCUUUCGAUAAAGCAGCAAUCUUUGCUUCUAUCCGCGAUCGAACGAGAAGGGUGGUUCUCAGAUGGUUCGCAUAAUCAGGCUAUGAGAUUUGGGGACCUUCCGGAAUGGGCAACUGAACUUACUAGAUUUGUUCGUGAGGCAGUUUGUUCUGGUGAAGUAUCUUUUGAGGCAAGCAGAGAGUCAACUUUUGAAGAUCAAUAUGCUGAAGAAACUUGUCCUUUGCCGUUAGAUUUGUUGUGGAGAGAACCACUUUUUGAUCAACUUAUUUCAAAUGUAUAUGAACCAGGUGAGGGAAUAUGUGCGCAUGUAGAUUUAAUGCGCUUCGAGGAUGGAAUUGCCAUUGUCUCCUUAGAAUCUGCUUGUGUGAUGCAUUUUAUACAAUGCGAAGCCGGAGAUGGUCACACCGGGCUUCAAGGGGAAGAGACUUCCUCAACGAGGAUUCCCAUCUUAUUGAGUCCAGGCUCCUUAAUUCUUAUGUCUGGGGAAGCACGCUAUCUCUGGAAGCAUGAGAUAAACCGCAGACCAGGGCAUCAGCUGUGGGAAGGGAAAGAAAUUGGUCAGCAAAGGAGGACUUCCGUAACUCUAAGAAAGCUCUGCAAGUCACCCAGCUAAAGCUAACGGAAGGACAUCUAUCUCACCAAUGCAUUUGAUUUUAACCUGGAUUCCAGGUAGAAGGCUUUGGAUUGCUGCAAAUGACCCAUGCAAUCGCAACGUUAGCUACGAAUGGGUGUUGUGGUUGGUUUCAAGUUGGCCAAAAAAAAGAGAAAAGGAACGUUCUAUUGCAAGCACAGCAAAGUGGUUAGUUUCUUGAAACGAAAGUUGUCCAUCUUUAUUGAGUGCAACAUCUUCAAUUUGCUCCAGGAUUAUUGUGAAACUCCUUUGGAAUUAAAUGACAUAUUUAGCUAGCUAGCUUGCUUGCCA